AUGUCCAACAUGAAUCCCACAUACCGACCACAAAAAUCGAAGAACGGUGUGACAAGUGCCUCUUCCGGAGAUGAAGAUCCAUAUUUUCAAUUGAUAUAUUCACCUACCACUUCUUCUCGCAAACAAAAUCCAUCGACUUCUGAUGAAGUGUUGUCCCUUCCACUUCCGGUCUUUGUACCUUCCACUUCCGAAGACAUUCCCUUUCCCUGGUACCUGAUGAAACACCAUGGAAACACCUACUCAAAACUUGUCCAAAGUGGAGUCGACGACACAUUUCCAGAGGAUUUACUGGACGAUUCACCAUGGUCACGUGAGAUGGUUCGACGUGAAAGAGACUCGAAAGAAAAUCAAAAUGAGAAGGGUAAUGUUCCCGAUAAUUCUGCUGGAAUCAGUGAAAUCGAUUUAAGUAAAUUGUCAGUUAGAAAACCAAAAGAGGAAGGAAAGAGGAAACCAUUGGGAGAAGUCAAUCAAAAAGAGGUUGUGAAAAAGAAAAAUUUCCACAAGAUUUCCAAUCCGUACGUGAGUCCUAUCCACCCAAUUGUCACUCGAAAACCUUCAAAUCUGACAUCUACACCAAAGAAGAAACACGCCAAUUCGACUUCACUGAAAUCUUCUUCUUCUCCAAAAACAUUCCACCAAGUGGCAACUGGAGAACCUAACAAAAAGAAGGAUCAAGUUCUCACUCGAAGCACUUCAGAAUUGAAAUUCCCAAUCCCACCAAUGUCGGCCCCAGGGGCAAGAUUAAUUUUAACUGAUGAUAGCUUUUUGGGUCUUCCCCCUUCACAACACCUCAUUAAGCAAAUCGAAUUUUGGCGGUAUGGAGAUGAUCUACUCUCGCAACACGAAUCACUGAUGGAUACCAAAAUUCUGGGACAACCAAAAGGAACAUACAAAAAUCUUGUAGACAAUCCAUUUGAAUUGAGGAAGAGGAGAGAUCUGUAUAAAAAAUUAUACAAUUGGAUGAUUACACCGGAGAGCAUAAAACAAGAAAUCAUUGGUUUAGAUCUUUAUGGAGAGAAUGAUAAGCCUAAAUUCAGAGUGUCAAUCGGAAAAUGCAAUGACUGGAACUAUUUCGAGCAACAAACUAUCCUCACCGAAAUCUUCUCCCAAUGCCCGAAUCCAUCAGAGGCGGUGAUUGAAAAAAUAUCGAGACAUGUUCAACUUCCAGUGAAAAGUGUCGAGGCUUUCUUAGACAAUUAUCGAAAGAAUCUCAAGAAAGACGAUGAUAAAAUGUGA